UUUCCAUCUUUUACACGGGCCACGUCCACUUGAGUCCGAUACACCAUCUGCCACUGGGAGGUGAACAACAAGUGAGUGAUUUUACUUUCAAGCUUUGACGAACAACCUAAUCUGUGUCUAGUGUAGUUCCCCUCUCUCCAUGUCUCAGUCCAAUAUCACGUCUUUCCGUGUCCUCGUCCGUCAAUCGCUCACGAACGAUAAUGCUCAUCCAUCGCGCUAUGCUGUUCGUACGACUCGAGUGCUUUAUGUCGACCGACGAAUGGUCACCAUAGACAAAGCCCCAGGAAUGGACGCGCAGGUCGGCGUAUCGCAUCUUGUAGAAGGCGGUAAUGAUCCCGACUUUCCUCAUGACCACUCUCAAAGCAGUCUUCAGAACCCCUCAAUUACCUCUCUUUUCCCAGUACACCGUCUAGACAAAGCCACAACCGGAUGUUUAAUCUUCGCUCGCACACGAGACAUGGCUCGCGAACUUUCUCGGCAGUUUCACCAGCGAAGAAUAGAAAAGACCUACUACGCGGUCGUACGAGGAGGACAUAGAUCGUUCGAAGGAUCGAAAGGGACAAUCAAUUGCCCGAUUGAAGUGUCCCGUGAAGGUUAUGCGAACCUUCGCCACUCGAAAGACGAGAUUGAGUCUGAGACUUCUGCGAUAACGGAAUGGGAGGUUGUUGGGUCUUCAUCAACACUGCCCAUAUCACUUCUCAAACUGCGCAUGCUGACGGGACGUAAGCAUCAGCUGAGGGUUCACCUUUCGAAGUCCUUACACGCUCCCAUUCUCGGCGAUUCAAGACACUCCGUGUCACGACCUACGGAUGAUAUCCUAAAUCUACUCAGAUCGUGGGGGGUGUCAGACGAUCGUCUUUUCCUGCACUCUUCGUCCUUAAAUAUUAUACGAUAUACCAAAUCAAGAAACCGCCUGCGUCUCGGAAUACAAGCUCCGUUCCCCGAAGAUUUCUCUCGAUUGCUCCGUCACUUACGAAUACCUUUCGAUCCUGAGCUCUCACAAGCGAGACUUUUCCUCGAUGGACAGCCAUUCUCAUCCAGCUCCAUCGAGGAGCUGGAUGGUCACUUGUUUCCAUAAAAUUGUCCACGCUCUAAGACGUACAAAAUGCUACAUUAACCGUUCAUUGAAAAGAGCCUUCAUUAAUAACCCUUUAACGUGCAACACGAAACACCCUCAU